CUAACGCGAACCUGCAGUCUACGGACCCGCCGUGCUUCCCGAGCUCUGCGACGGUGCAGCUCGCCGACGGCGAGACCGUCCCCCUCUCCUCCCUCUCCGCCGGAGACUCGAUCCUCGCCGCGGCGGCUGACGGCACCCUCGGCUUCGACGCUGCCUCCUCCUUCUCGCUGGCCGACCCGUCCGCCAAGGCGGCCUUCCUCUCGCUCGCCACCGCAACGGUGACGGUCACGCUCACCCCGACGCACAAGCUGCCCGCCGGCCCGGCAAAGGAGCUCAAGCAGGCGUCCGAGGUUGCCGUUGGCGAGAUGAUCUGGAUCGCGUCGCCGGCCGCGGGCGCGCUCGUGCAGGCGCCGGCGCCCGUCCUCAAGAUAACCAAGGUCGUGGCCGACGGGCUGCACAGCCCGCUCACCAUGCACGGCGGCUGGCCGGUCGUCGACGGCGUCGCGACUUCGUACAACAGCGCGGCCGUCGUCGCGCGCAACAAGUACCUCGUCCCGCUCGUCGAGGCGGUCUGCCCCUCCCUCGGCCGCCUCGUCGUCGCGUUUGCGAACCCCAAGACGAUGCACUACAUCGAUGGCCAGGUGGUCGAGCCCCUCUCCUCCCUCGCUGCGGCCGCCCUAGCGGCCGCUGCCUUUGCCGCGCGCGAGAUGUUGGCGGGCAAGUGA